CCUCCGUGCCUACGGGUACCAGGGUAGGUACCUAGGAGGUAUGUAUUUUCUGCACUUGCCAUCGAGGCUACCUAGGUACCUUUCCGUACAUGAUGCAGCUGUCAAUACCUAAGAAGAAUGUACUACGUGGGAUUGUGCGCCCACCUCGAUCAUCCCGGCCUGGUCGACCUGCCAACCAGCCAACCAGAUCGCCCCCAUUCUCCCUCAUUCGGAAGUUGUCUGCAACAGGUCCGCGAGAGACUGGGGGUCCCAUGCUUUGCGCCGCCGUUUUAGGCGAUGGAGCGAUCUCAGACAAGGCUCUGUCGAUAGUCACAGUGAAUCUGGCACUGUACAACCCCCUCCAACCCCCGGUUCGAUCGAGACCGCCUUCUACUCAUACAGCUUGCCAAAGUUCGUACGGCUUGCGAAAUUCCACGUGCGGUUUACCGGCGCAUAGCCGCUCCCGCCCGUCCCGGCCAGUCGGAGACUCGGCUGCCACGGCGCAUUUCAGAUACGUUACAACUAGAGGCCAAUCGGCCCACGCCCUGCAUCGUGUGCUUCGCCAAUACGUGCGUCGAUGUGAUAUCUCGAUUCGGGACGCUCAGGUCCAGGCCCCAGACCUCAGCUCCACCCGACCCUGGGAUUCCGUGGAUCCUCAGAUUCGCUGCAGCCGCAUCGCUCGCAGACCCCUUGACAACCUGCGCAGCAAAUCGACAGAUAUUCUACUCGAGAUUAAAAAACUGCUUUCUCUUCCCGCCGUCGUCCUAUAUGCCAUAUGUAGAGACGCCGAAGGAGCGAAUCUCUAGACUUGAUAUAAUUACUCUUAGAGCGAACCCCUAGUGGUCUGCUGCUCCGUGAGUGGGCGGAUUGCGAUUACCAAUAUGCUACCCUUAUUUCGCCAUCGCCAGGUUCUACUUUGGAUGAUGCAUACUAUAUAUAGUACACAUACCCACAACCUCUCUACUCCCGGCGUUUUACAGAGCUAUAACAUGGUCAUGUUUUCCCUUUGGGCGAAGAGUUGCGUUGACCUCUAAGAGUUCGCGUUUUGCUCAUGUUGCUCGUUGGGAGGUCAACCUAUUGCAACGCGCUUGUCACAAGGCUUGGCGGACCUGUAGACGUGUAACUCGUAGGCACUUUUCUCGCCAAAAG